UGAGUGAGUAAGUAAGGCAAAGAGGCAGGCGUGUUUCAACAGAUGGCUCGGGCUGUCCUGAUUCAGUCAUCGCUGCUAGUUGAAUGAGAGCUCAGAGAGGUGAGAGAGAAAGAGAGAGAGAGAGAGAGAGAGAGAGAAAGAGAGAGAGAAUGAGUAAGAGGGAGUUCAGGGAAAUGAAACUGUAGAGAGGGACUUCUGCUUUUUCCUCCCUCCCCCACUCCCCCCCUCUCUCACUUCUCAGUGUAUGUGUAUUUGUGCCUUUUCUCAAAGUCUCAGAGCUUGCAGUGUAGCGGUCAGUCUGGUCUGUCAGGAAGCUAGUGAGAGGACAGGACAAGACAGUGGUGAUGAGGCUGUGACCCCACGAUUCCAGUCAGUCUCUGCCCAGGAGGACACCUGCUGUCUCUGACAAGCUUUGGAGGACCGUAGCUGCAAGAGUGAAACCGUGGGCCACGGCUGUCCGUGCGCUCAGCUGACCCAGGAGCUCCCCCCGGCCGUAGCCCCAGGAGACUCAUGAUCUUGGUGCUGCGCCCUUUCCUCAGCAGAUCCUGGUCAGUAGUGUCCGAAGACAACACAGACCUGAAGCAUUUGUCAUCUUUUUCAGAAGGAGCAGUGAGAGGGGGGUAGCCGCAGCGUGAGUCGGUCAGAGCAGGGUUCAGUGCCAUGGCGGGACAGGGGCUUUCCACAGCUCUCUUCCUGCUCCUGGGGCUCCUCUCUCUCGCCCACGCCUCCAUCUUCCUGUCCAGUCAGCGCCUGAAGGCCCGCUUCCAGAGAGACCGCCGCAACAUCCGCCCCAACAUCAUCCUCAUCCUCACCGACGACCAGGACCUGGAGCUGGGGUCCAUGCAGGCCAUGAACAAGACGCGGCGAAUCAUGGAGCAGGGUGGCACCCACUUCUCCAACGCCUUCGUGACCACGCCCAUGUGCUGCCCGUCACGCUCCUCCAUGCUGACCGGGAAGUACGUGCACAACCACAACACCUACACCAACAACGAGAACUGCUCCUCGCCCUCCUGGCAGGCCCAACACGAGCCCCGAACUUUCAGUGUCUACCUCAACAGCACCGGCUACCGCACAGCCUUCUUUGGGAAAUACCUAAAUGAGUACAAUGGCUCAUACGUCCCUCCUGGCUGGAGGGAGUGGGUGGGGCUGGUGAAGAACUCACGCUUCUACAACUACACCCUGUGCAGGAACGGUGCCCGGGAGAAACACGGCUUUGAGUACCAUAAGGAUUACCUGACUGACAUCAUCACCAAUGACAGCAUCAGUUACUUUCGCACGUCAAAGAAGAUGUACCCUCACCGGCCGGUCAUGAUGGUCCUGAGUCAUGCUGCCCCCCAUGGCCCGGAGGACUCAGCACCCCAGUACAGCACUGCCUUCGGCAACGCAUCACAGCACAUAACCCCCAGCUACAACUACGCUCCCAACCCGGACAAGCACUGGAUCAUGCGCUACACCGGCCCCAUGAAGCCCAUCCACAUGGAGUUCACCAACAUGCUGCAGAGGAAGAGGCUGCAGACCCUGCUCUCUGUGGACGACUGUGUGGAGAAGGUCUACAACAUGCUGGUGGAGACUGGGGAGCUGGAGAACACCUACAUCAUCUACACCGCAGAUCACGGCUACCACAUCGGCCAGUUCGGCCUGGUCAAGGGCAAGUCCAUGCCCUACGAGUUCGACAUCCGCGUGCCGUUCUACAUUCGAGGCCCCAACGUAGAAGCAGGAACCAUCAACCCGCACAUCGUGCUGAAUAUCGACCUGGCGCCCACCAUCCUCGACAUCGCCGGCAUGGACAUCCCCCCCGACAUGGACGGCAAGUCCAUCCUGAAGCUGCUGGACACAGAGAAGCCGGUCAACAGAUUCCAGUCUAACAAGAAGGGAAAAGUGUGGAGAGACUCAUUCCUCGUAGAGAGGGGGAAGUUGCUGCACAAGCGGGAUGAUGGGAAGGAUGUGGCCCAGGAGGAGAACUUCCUGCCCAAGUACCAGAGGGUGAAGGACCUGUGCCAGCGGGCUGAGUAUCAGACACCCUGUGAACAGCUGGGACAGAAGUGGCAGUGUGUGGAGGACCCCACAGGGAAGCUCAGGCUGUAUAAGUGUAAGGGCAUGGCCAGUCUGUCUGCCACGCGCACGCAGGGUCCGCUUCCAGCGUCUGCCACGCGCAGGCAGGGUCCGCCUCCAGGGUCUGCCGCCAGCGUCAAGCCGCCCUUCUACCGCCGCAGUGACUCGGACGCGGAGGGCUGCGACUGCGGCUUCCCCUCCUUCCGCAUCAGCCCCUUCAAGAAGAAGAAGCUCCUCUCCAAGAAGAAGCUGAAGACCAGUAAGAGCUACUCCCGAAACCGUUCAUCCCGCUCCGUGUCCAUGGAGAUGGACGGGGACCUGUAUGCCGUGGACCUGGAGGACGGGUACCAGCCUGUGGUCCCCACGAACCAAAGCCAGAUCAGUGACCUGACACUCAACAACAGGGAGGAGGAGGAGGAUGAGUUCAGUGGCAUGGAUGUGACUGUCGGCCCCAAGAGCAGCAACAGCCUCAUAGUGCCCUCAUCCAUCAAGGUCACCCACAGGUGCUCCAUCCUGUCCAACGACACAGUCAAGUGUGACACGGGCCUGUACAAGUCCCUGCAGGCCUGGAAGGACCACAAGCUGCACAUUGACCAUGAGAUUGAAACAUUACAGACAAAAAUAAAGAAUCUGCGUGAGGUCAGAGGUCACCUGAAGAAGGCUCGGCCUGAGGACUGUGACUGUCACAGAUACCUGUACUCUAAGCACAAGGGCAAGCUCAGACAUAAAGGAGGCAAUAUCCACCCAUUCAGGAAAAUGCAGGACAAAGACAAGAAGCUGUGGAUUCUGAAGGAGCAGAAGAGACGGAAGAAGUUACGCAAACUUCUGAAACGACUGCGCAACAACGACACCUGCAGCAUGCCCGGCCUCACCUGCUUCACCCACGACAACCAGCACUGGCAGACUGCCCCCUUCUGGACCAUGGGUCCAUUCUGUGCCUGCACUAGCGCCAAUAACAACACAUACUGGUGCAUGAGGACCAUCAACGAGACACACAAUUUCCUCUUCUGCGAAUUCGCCACAGGCUUCCUGGAGUACUUUGACAUCAACACUGACCCCUACCAGCUGAUCAAUGCAGUGAAUACACUGGACCGCCAUGUUCUCAACCAGCUGCAUGUUCAGCUGAUGGAGCUGCGCAGCUGCAAGGGUCACAAGCAGUGUAAUCCCCGCAUUCGUAACCUUGAGAUCGGAGGUAAAGAGCGAAGCAGCUUUGAUGAAUACAGGCAGUUUCAUCGUCGAAAGUGGCCAAAAGUGAAGAAGCCCACCUCCAAAUCGCUAGGACAGAUUUGGGAAGGAUGGGAGGGCUAGGGCCCCAGAGCCCCUCCACCUGGACCUUCCAGGGGGAACCCACUGGUUAGAACUUGAAACCUUGUACAGACUUGACGAGCACGCCUAUGAUCUCAAACUCAACUUCAACGUCAGCCUGGAGGACUGGGCCAACUUUGGAGGGGCC